UUCAGACCAUAUUCAGACACACAACACAACACUACACAUCAACACACCCCAAAAUUCCACCAAAUUUCUCAACAUUUGCAAUAUUCGGCUCAUACCAUGUGUCUGGAGACCAUAUCCACCAAUAACAAGACGCUGGCUCUGAUCAGACAGGGCUACAAGGUACUGGCAGAGUAUCAGAUGAUCGAGCAGAUGCAGUUGAAGGGCAUCUAUGCCGUUCCCAGCUAUUCCAGCGCCUUGCUUUGGUUCGGUGUGAUCUUCAUACACGGCGGUUUAUAUGCGGACGGCGUGUUUCGCUUUUCCAUAUUGCUGCCGGACAACUUUCCUGACGCAGUCAGCCUGCCCACCGUCAUCUUUCAGAAGGACAUUUUCCAUCCGCACAUCUGCCCAAUGUCACACAGCCUGGACUUGUCGCCCCUCUUUGAGUUCUGGAACAAGGAUGAGCAUCACAUUUGGCAUAUACUCAAGUACAUUCAGCUGGUAUUUGCCGAUCCAGAAGGCAGUGUCUGCCUGGGACAGUCACAGAGCGGAGAACCCAUUCCUCUGGAGGAUGCUAACAAUAUGGACGCAAUGCGUCUUUUGUCCAACAGCCGCAUAGACUAUUCGCUCCGUGCAAAGGAUAGUAUUGCAUGGAGUUUAAGGCAUUUGUUUGAUAAGCCACCCAUCAAGGAUCCCCACUAUAUUGUCUUUGAGCGCUAUCAGCCCGAUGUGCAUCUGACAGCGAUGGAGCGUCUCAAGAGCAACAGCUGGUAUUCCUUAUCGGUGCAAUCCUGCCCACCUUCAGUUUGUGUUGCCCGGAUUGAAUCCGAGCAGCAAUUACGACAGGAGGCGUCGGCUCAACGGGCAAAUCAUGUUGGCAGCAGCCUGAAUUAGCGAAGUAAUCUCUCGACUAGCUAUUUUGGCAUUCUGCAAAAUAUUAACUUAUAUUAAAAUCCAAUCAGAAUGCUCUAGUCGAAUCUAUUCCGCUGAACCGUGUCUAAAAAUUUAGUUCCAUGUGUGAAUGUAGUGUAAAUUGUAUUUAUUGUAACACUAUUUUAUUUUUGACAUUAAUAAAUUGUGAACUGACAAUAAAAAAAUUA